AGUGAGAUAGUUAGAUGAAACAAUUUAAUUCAAUAUAUACAAUAAACGAUUUAAGUCAUUGAAACACUUAAACCUUGUAUACAUCAAAACAAACCCCGUGUAUUUGAAAAUAUUAAACACUAUCUAAAAUCCACUUCAAACAUUUGAUACACACACACAAAGAAACAUCACAAGUACACUAACUGAAACAUUGUUUUUGAACCAUUGAAACAUCAACAAAACCUGUGUGUCGAAAAUAGAAAUAUAGAACACUAUCGAAAUAUCCACUGACAUUUGAUCCAAACACAAAAGAACAUCACGAGUAUACUAGCUUGAAACACAGAAAAAAAAACACACAGAACCUAGUAUGGACUGCAUCUUCCUUCUCUCCGAUGAACACAGGCUUGCUCGCGUAGGUCUUCUCCACCACUCCCAUCAUCGGAUCUGUAGGAGGAGAAGGGGGAGGGCGGCGGAGAUGAGGAGAGAGUGCUCCUGGGGGAGAGAGGGAGCCGGCGAGCCUACACCACCACCGCCGCCGCCAUCACCUCACCGCACGUGUGUCGUCCUCCGCGUCGGCCGCCACCACGGGGACGAAGCCGCCGUCAACGUCCAGGAAGACAAAAAGCGGCGGCAGAUCCAACGGAGAAAACGACGCUGGCGAGAUUGACGGGAGAGGAGACUGUGCGGGUGAGGUCGGCUGGGGAGAGACGGCGGCGCAAGCGAGAGAGCUCGUGGGAGAGGAGGCGGCGCCGAACGGGGGAGAGGAGGCGAGCCGAGCGAGGUGUGGGGAGCCAAGUGACGUGGAAUGAGACGUGCGAGCGCCGGAUAUUUUUCUCUCUCAUCGGGCACCCGUGCAUAAGCAUUAUCGGACACAUUGGCGUGGCCUUCAUUCAACAUGGCGCCUACAUGCAGCUCCACCAAUAGCAGCUCCAGGAGCUUCACCCUUGGUAGUGGCCGACGGCAGUACGGCACAACAAAAUUUCAGAGCCGAUAGCACAACAAAAUUUCAGAUGGUUGCCUGCAUGCAACUAGAAAAUCCCCACGAGCAAAGCAAAAACAAACUGGCGGCAUCCGUCGUGUGGCUCUCCAUUCACCUCGGCCUGUGGCGACCUCCGACGCCCAUGCGCAACCACCGUCGUUUUUCGCCAUGUCCAAAGUUAGCGCGGGCUCGUAUAAGAGAUGCCACCGCCGCCGCCGCCGCCGCCGCCUCCUCCUCCUCUUCCUCCUCCUCCUCCUCGUUGCUCCAAUUUUUAGACCGAAUAAACCGGACCCCUUCCGCUGGUAGGGGACGACGCAUCGAUCGAUCCCGACGCCUUUGCGCGCGCGCGCAAAAUCGAUCAUUUGAUACAUAUCUCGCGUGAAUCGUCGACUGGUGGUUGCAUUGUGUUGCAAUGAGCAAAGGCGCGAUCAUCGGCGCGUCGACCGUGCUGGUGGUGGCGGUGGUGGCGGCGGUGUGCGUGGUGUCGUUCAAGAACGGGUCGAGCAAUGCCAAGGAGGACGGCGAGCUGUCGACGUCGGUGAAGUCGAUCAAGUCGUUCUGCCAGCCGGUGGACUACCGGGAGACGUGCGAGACCACGCUGGAGCAGACGGCGGGCAACGCGACGAACCCGACGGACCUCGCCAAGGCCAUCUUCAAGGCGACGUCGGAGCGGAUCGAGAAGGCGGUGAGGGAGUCCGCCGUGCUCAACGACCUCAAGAACGACCCGCGCACGUCCGACGCGCUCAAGGACUGCGAGGAGCUGCUCGACUACGCCAUCGACGACCUCAAGACGACGUUCGACAAGCUCGGCGGGUUCCAGACGAGCAACUUCAAGCGCGCCGUGGACGACGUCAAGACGUGGCUCAGCUCGGCGCUGACGUACCAGGAGACGUGCCUCGACGGGUUCGAGAACUCUACGUCGACGGAGGCGUCGGAGAAGAUGCGCAAGGCGCUCAAGAGCUCGCAGGAGCUGACGGAGAACAUCCUCGCCAUCGUGGACCAGUUCGCCGACACGCUGGCGAACCUGGACAUCACCGGAUUCAGCCGCCGGCUGCUCGGCGACGACGGCGUGCCCGUGUGGAUGUCCAACGCGAAGCGCCGGCUGCUGGAGGCGACCCCGGGCUCCAAGGAGUUCAAGCCGGACGUGACGGUGGCGGCGGACGGCAGCGGCGACUUCAAGACCAUCAAUGAGGCGCUGGCCAAGGUGCCGGUCAAGAGCACGGGGACGUACGUGAUGUACGUGAAGGCCGGGACGUACAAGGAGUACGUGUCGGUGGCGCGCAACGUGACGAACCUGGUGAUGAUCGGCGACGGCGCCACCAAGACCAUCAUCACGGGGAACAAGAGCUUCAUGCUCAACAUCACCACCAAGGACACGGCCACCAUGGAGGCGAUCGGCAACGGGUUCUUCAUGCGCGGCAUCGGCGUGGAGAACACGGCCGGGUCCAAGAACCACCAGGCGGUGGCGCUCCGCGUGCAGAGCGACCAGUCGGCGUUCUACGAGUGCCAGUUCGACGGGCACCAGGACACGCUCUACACCCACACCAGCAGGCAGUACUACCGCGACUGCACCAUCACCGGCACCAUCGACUUCAUCUUCGGCAACGCGCAGGUGGUGCUCCAGAACUGCCGGAUCCAGGUGCGCCGGUGCAUGGACAACCAGCAGAACAUCGUGACGGCGCAGGGGCGCAAGGAGAAGCACUCCGCGGGCGGCACGGUGAUCCACAACUGCACCAUCGAGCCGCACGAGGACUUCAAGGCCGACGCCGCCAAGUUCAAGACGUUCCUCGGCCGCCCGUGGAAGGAGUACUCGCGGACGCUCUACAUCCAGUCCGACAUCGGCGGGUUCAUCGACCCGCAGGGGUGGCUGCCGUGGCUCGGCGACUUCGGCCUCAACACCUGCUACUACGCCGAGGUGGAGAACCGCGGCGACGGCGCCGACAUGAGCAAGCGCGCCAAGUGGAGAGGGGUCAAGACGGUCACGUACCAGCAGGCGCAGCAGAAGUACACCGUCGAGAGGUUCAUCCAGGGACAGACGUGGCUCCCAAAGUUCGGCGUGCCGUUCAUCCCCGGCCUGUUGCCGCAGGAGCAGUCAGGGAGGAUACACUGAUCCAUCGUGCGUCGUCUCGUCGGCCUAUAUAUAUGCUAGCGGGAGAUGAACUUGCAAACUGCAAGUUGUACUAGCUGCCAAGGGGAGUGGAUUUUAACUCUGAAGGGAACGUUACCGUUGUUUGCAUGCCAUUUAAAAUAGUUUAAACAUUGAGAUGAUAUAUUAACAUGUGAUAUA